GAAUUAUUUGUCGAAGAUCGAAAGGACAGGUAUAUUGUCCCGAUUGUUCCGGUUCAACAACCUUGGAGUGAAUUGUCCAGAGAGGGCUAUUGAUCUCGUACAGUGCAUGAAGUUAUAUAUCUUACAGACCCAACAACGUUCCGAUAGCGCCACACGGGAGGACUGCAGGGAUUCGCGAUAUAAUAUCAAAGGUAGCCGUAGAGCCAGAAUCGCACUGAACCAAUGUCAGCUGAUGGGUUGAUUCUGGCUUCGCACAAUGCCUUACGACUUGAUGAGCGGCUUCAUCAUCGGAACUCCUAACAGAUCUGCUUCCGGUAGCGCAUGCAGUGAUCCGAGAUGAAGUCCCAUAUACACAGCGGCGAAAGCACGGUUGGCAAACAGCUCCAUGCCUCACCAUACAAUAAAACAAAUCUACCACAACGUCGACACACACCAAGCAAUAUCAAGCAACCUGGAACAACACUGUGUUGCAGUAUAAAGCUAAGUUGUACUCUUGGCAUAGGAUUCCCCUUGCCUCAAAUUGAUCCACUUCAGCGACUGUGCGAAGAGGAGCUAUACGUGCGCAUCAAGAAAAUGGCCUUACACAACAGCUCGUCCACGUUUUUAUUCUCUCGAACAAGUCACCUCUCCGAGUACGAGACUAGGAUAAGCUAUUACAAUGCCUUCAUGCUGGUAGUCGCAUUCUCAGUAUCGCCUAUACAUCUAAUUGCGAGCGCGCGGAUGAUCACCUGGGUAGACACACUGGCCAGCUUGAACGAAGAAUCAAACCCCUAAGUUCGAAAACUUCCGCACGCUACUGCUACUUAGGGAUGAUGACAGUGGAAUGUUCAGCAAGAUGUUACUAAUUCUAAUACCACGU